AUGAUCUCCCCGGAGCAGCAGCAGCAGCAGCCCAACCAUGUCGUGGCGACCAUCGAGAACCUGCCGCCCGAGGGCGGCGGCGGCGGCGGCGGCAGGAGCAGCAGCCUCUCCGCCCCCUCUUCUUCCAGCGUGCGCCAGAGGAUCAGGAAAGUGUUUAACAGGGAGCUCCUGCUGUCUAUAGCUCUUGGGCAGGUUCUGUCCCUGCUUAUCUGUGGUAUUAGCCUGACCAGCAAGUACUUGUCAGAUGAUUUUCAUGCCAACACUCCAGUCUUUCAGAGCUUCCUGAACUACAUUCUCCUGUUUUUGGUCUACACAACAACAUUAGCUGUUAGACAAGGAGAAGAAAACUUACUGGCAAUCUUGAAACGAAGAUGGUGGAAGUACAUGAUCCUGGGGAUAAUAGAUAUAGAAGCAAAUUACUUGGUAGUUAAAGCUUAUCAAUAUACCACAUUUACUAGUGUACAGCUCCUAGAUUGUUUUGUGAUUCCAGUCGUGAUAUUACUUUCUUGGUUCUUCCUCCUGGUCCGGUACAAAGCAGUGCACUUCAUCGGCAUUGUGGUCUGCAUUCUAGGCAUGGGCUGCAUGGCAGGAGCAGACGUCUUGGUCGGAAGACAGCAAGGAGCAGGAGAAAAUAAACUUAUAGGGGAUCUUCUAGUACUAGGUGGGGCCACGCUCUAUGGCAUCUCCAAUGUUUGUGAAGAGUACAUCGUACGGAACCUGAGUCGGGUGGAGUUCCUAGGCAUGAUUGGACUCUUUGGUUCCUUCUUCAGUGGAAUUCAGCUUGCCAUAAUGGAACACAAGGAGUUGUUAAAAGUUCCUUGGGAUUGGCAAAUAGGAUUGCUGUAUGUUGGCUUUAGUGCCUGUAUGUUUGGCCUCUACAGCUUUAUGCCUGUAGUUAUCAAGAAAACUAGCGCAACAGCAGUGAAUCUAUCCCUCCUUACCGCAGAUUUGUACAGUCUUUUCUGUGGAUUCUUUCUCUUCUACUACAAGUUUUCAGGACUUUAUCUUCUGUCAUUCUUCACAAUCCUUGUUGGGCUGGUGCUCUACUCGUCCACAUCCACAUACGUUGCCCAGGAUCCACGAGUGUACAAGCAGUUCCGAAACCCUUCAGGACCUGUUGUAGACUUGCCAGCCACUGGGCAGCUAGAACCUUCAGUAACGUACACCAGUCUAGGCCAGGAAACGGAAGAAGAACCUCACGUCCGAGUUGCCUAAACUCAGGCCCUUGCCACCCUUGGUGGAGUUUGUAUCUCCAUUAUCUCUGUAUCAUUCAUAGAGAAAGGUAUUUACCAGAUGCAGUUGCUCAAGUGGGCUGCAAGGUAGCAAAUAGGGAAGGCUUGUAAAAAAUACAGACGAAAUUGUUUCUAAGUGUGAACAGCUAAGAGCAGUAACUCUCAGUCCUUUGUUUAGGGCUGUGCUUUUCAAACUGGAGUUCCUCAGAAACUCACCAGCGGUUCCUUAAUGAAAUGGUGGGCAAAGCUUGCCUGAAGGACAGCUUGCUUAUAACCAA